UUCAAAUACCAAGACUCAAUCCUACCCAAAUCACCCAUCUGGAUCGACAAAGAACCGUCAUGACGACUGCGACUCACCCCUUACCCGGAGCCGGCGGCGCCUUGGACAUUCAGACCUUGAGUCAAUGGCCCGGGGCCGCGCUUGGCCUUGCCUUCGUUGUCCUUGCCCUGCUGAUGCAGCGCUGGUUGACUAGCGACCCCUUAGCUAAUGUGCCCGUCAUGGGAAAGGGAGGAAAAUGGGCCCGUAGGAAGGAGUUCUUCCUAGGCAAGGGCCCAGACUUCUACAAGGAAGGCUACAAGCAGUUCAAGGACAGUAUCUUUCGUGUCACAGAGGAUAAGGAUGACGAUGUCGUCUACGUUCCCCCAAAGUACAUGACUGAACUCGCAAAAGCUUCCAACAGUGGUUUCGACUUGGAAGAGUACUUGGACGAGCACUUUCAAGUCAAGUACACGAAAUCUGAACACUUUCACGGCCACAUGAUCAAUGCAGUCAAGACAAAGUUAACACCGUCUUUAAGCCAGCUAAACCCAACCAUCUUGGACGAGGUUAAUGAGGCGAUGCGCCUUGAACUGCCCCAGUCUGACAGAUGGACUGAGAUCAACAUUUCCCCCAAGCUCUUCCGUGUUAUCGCCAUGAUCUCUGGCCGGAUCUUUGUUGGCCCGGAGCUCUGUCGUGACGAGAGAUAUCUCGACGCUGCUAUCAACUAUACGAUUGACAUCGGGACCGCCGCGUACGGCGUCACCCAGGUGCCCGAGUUUCUACGCCCAUUUAUAGCCCGCUGGUUACCAACAACAAAGAGUUUCCACCAGCGCAUCGCCGAUGCCGAGGCUGUCUUCCGCCCUUUGAUUAGCGCCCGCAAGGAGGCCGCAAAAGAACCUAACUACCAGGCACCUAACGAUCUACUGCAGUGGAUGAUUGACGGCAAGGGUAAGUACAGCAACCCCGACGUCGCCACCCUCACUAAGGGCCAGCUCGCGGCCACCUUUGCUGCUAUCCAUACCACUACCCUAUCAGCACUUAACGCUUUGUACUGGCUCGCGGCAAAGCCUGAAAUGGCAGUUAUGCUACGUGAUGACAUCCAACAGGCGUUGUUAGAGUCUGGGGGGUUGUUUACAAGUUUAGCUUUGCAAAACAUGGGGAAACUUGAUAGCUUUCUAAAAGAGAGUAUGAGAAUGAACCCAAUUAGUGCUGCGAGCGUCCAGCGCAAGACCACCAAGACUGUAAAGCUUCCUAACGGCCAGACCAUACCCAAGGGCAGGUUCGUCGGAGUCUCGCUCGUUGGCCUUAACAGCGACCCAGACAUCUUCCCGGACCCACACGUCUUCGACCCCCUCCGCUUCUACAAGCUCCGUGAGGCCAAGGACCCUCAGGCCCACCUUGUCAGCGUCAGCCCCACGAACCUGGCGUUUGGGUUUGGCAGGCACGCCUGCCCUGGCCGCUUCUUUGCUGCCAACGAGAUCAAGAUGAUCGUGGCCAAUCUGGUGUUGAACUACGACGUCUGCCUUCCGGAUGGCGUAACAGAGAGGUACAAGAACCUGGUCCAAGGCCUGACUUUUAUACCAGACCCCGAAAAAACUAUUAUGAUGAGAAAGGUAUAGUGUAAAUUGGCUAGAAGCCUAGUAUAUACACUACCUAUAUAGAGUAGCUACUGUUUUCCUCCUGUGAAGCUAGUAUAGCUGUAGAUAGCUUAUACUAAAUGUAUGUUGAAGUGCGUGGAUACGGCG